AUGGAGCAUGCAUCAUUUCAUCACAUACCUACUGUUUAUAGUAUCCUAUUAUUUUUUGCCUUUCGUAGAAUGCCGCGUCGGUCGAAAUUAAAACCUUUUCAUCCGGUGCAAAUGCGAUUGGAUUUUGGGCAAAAAAAUAUCGGAGCCACGCGAUGCGCCUUAUGUGGUAUGAUAUACUCAAUUGGUGAUGAGGAUGACACAAAGAUGCAUACCGCGUUCCAUCAGAAAAUGACUACUUUACGUGUGAAGCUCCCUCGUGGUGGUCACCAGCGGAUCUUAGAGGAGCACUUAAACGGUACCCGCAUCGCUGAACUCAUUCUUUCGGACCGUCUUGGGGCUGCCUAUUUUUCACGCAUUGCAGACGUGAUGAACCGCGACUUGGGCUCCGAUCGGCCGGCAGAUGAGCUGCGGUCAAUUGAUUCCCAUAGUGAUUCCUCGAUUCCCGAAGAUUGGCGCGUGUUUGCUUGCGUCAAAGAUGGUGACCAACAGGUUAUCGGUUGUUGUGUGGUCCAACUGCUAACAAAGUCUUCUGUUUCAUCCAAGGGUUACCACGUGCGCCCCUUAGUGGGAGGGCUCCCUAGUUUGCUGACUUGGUGGGUUCAAAAUGUGGAAAACCGGUCAUCGCAGGAUGACCGGAUGGUGGCUUAUCAAGCAACUGAUUCUGAAAACUCAGUUGAUUUCUCAGUUCUGUGCGGCAUUCGUCGGCUUUGGGUCGAUAAACGCCAUCGAAGAAAAGGUGUGGCAACAAGGCUUCUGGAUUGCAUCCUUGCUAAUUUUAUUCACGGGCAUCCUCUCAAACGUUCUCAGACGGCAUUCUGUGAUAUUACGGCCGAUGGGGCGAAUUUUGCUGCAAAGUUUUUGGGGCACGAAAACUUUCUUAUUUUUUGA